CUUUUGUUGUCAUUAGAAACCAAACCAAGUAAAAAUAAUUGCAUCCUCGCGCGAGGGCUUUGGUUGUUUUACGAGUGAGUUGCAUGUCGUUCGGCCUUAAAAAUCAGUACUCAACACAAGAGGUACAUCCGCUGUAAGAGCGGUAAGAUGUCAACCGAGGAUGCGAAGGCUUAUCUGUCAAGCCGUGAAGUUCCAAGGCUCUUUGAGUGUCUGAUGACAGGGUUGAUGUUUCAUCGACCUAAAGAUCAUAUUCAAUAUCUUAUUGAUUGUUUGGAGAAAGUUAAGACAAAAAGUCAAGCAGAGAUAACAUGGAACAUGUUUGUGGAAGUACGUUCUACAAAAACCCCUCUACCUCCCAUCGACAAUGGCAAAAGACCUCCCACCAGAGAACGUCCUUCAACAACAGAAACUGCCAUAGUCACACAUACAACCAAUCCUCUACCUCCGAUAGGAUCCAAUGGAUUGCCAAAUGUUCCAGCAAUCUUUAUUAUAGGUGGCCCUGGAAGUGGUAAGUCUUCACAUGCUGAACAAGUAGCAGCAAAACAUCCUGGUUGGGUCAGUAUCAAUUUGGGUCAGCUACUUCUUGCUGAGAUCAAAAACAGAAGUACAGAUGAAAAAUGGAAAGCAGUUAAAGAUUUAGUUGUGAAUGGAGAGUUGGCUCCAGAAGAAGUGACAUUAGAAUUACUUCAUGACAUCUUGAAACAUAACACACAAGCUGAAGGUUUCAUUAUUCAAGGAUUUCCAAGAGAUAUGGAACAAGCAAAGGAGUUUGAAAAAAAAAUUAGUAAAGUUGAUGCAGUGUUGCUUCUGGACUGUGAAGAAAAUAAUCUAAUAGACAAGUUCCAAAGGCAAGAUAAAAGCAGAAAUGAAAAAGACAUUUCAGCAAAUACCUUUGCUAGAAGAAUAGCAACUUUUAAGGAAAAAACACUUCCUGUCCUAAAAUAUUUUGAUGAUGCUGGGAAAUUGUUUGUAGUGAAUGGGGAUAAAUCAGAAGAAGAAGUACAAGAAGAACUUUCAUACCUGUUUGAUACACUGAUUUCCAAUUUAGAAAAUGGAAGAAUUCCUACACCACCAAAAGGACCUAGGCCGACAUCAACUAAAAUGAUGGCUAGAAGAUUGGUUACGCCUCCUUGCACACCACCUGAAAAUUCUCAGCACCAAACUUUAAAAUGGCCAACAGUGACUUACAUCCCUCCACCUGAAAUUAAGGUCAAAGAUGAAGGUCGCCUAUCACAUUUACCGCAAGCACCUGUUAUUUUUCUAGCAGGUGGACCAGGAAGUGGUAAAGGAACACAGUGUGCUAAAGUGACUGCCAGAUAUCAUGACAUUAUUCAUUUAUCUAUGGGUGACAUCCUUCGCAAAGAAAUAACUGAGAGAGGAACAGUGGAUGAUAAGUGGGCAAUGGUAACAAAACUGCUUAGAGAGGGAGACAUGGCACCAGUCGACAUCACAGAAGAACUUUUGAUAAAUUUCAUGAAACAAUUUCCUGAUGCUAGAGCUUUCUUGGUUGAAGGAUAUCCCAGAGAUGCUUUACAAUAUGAAAACUUCAACAGAAAUAUUGGUGGCCACUCAUAUACCAUACUUUUAGACUGUGAUGAUCAGUACUUGCAUGCUCGACUUGUACUACGAGGUGAUAGUGGAUCUGAGAGAAUAGAUGACAACAUUCCUGCUAUUGAAAAAAAACUGGCCUUCUUUGCAAAACAUACAUUGCCCUUGUUGAAAGCCAUUGAUGAUGAACAUAAACUGAUUGUUAUUGAUGGAGACAGAGAUGAGGCAGAAGUUUUCUAUGAUAUUGUGAAAGUAAUUGACUAUAGUUUGUAUGGUCUUCAACUUGAUCAGGAGCCUAACAACAAAGAAGAAAUGGGAGAUGUUAAUGAAGAUGAUGAUGGUAGAGAACCAGUUGAAGAAGUUAUGGUUGCUGGUGUUGCAAGUAUAACCGGAGACAAUAAUGGAAAUCCAUAUUACACUGCAGAACUUGAUGCUUUGGAUGAGUCUGCUGUGAAUGAAGCUGAUGAGAGUGUUACUGCUGACAAUCAGUCAGGUGAAACUGGGGGAUUGUUUGGAGAUGAGGAAGAUUCUGGGGAGGGUUCAUUGAAAAUUCCUACAGAUCAGCAAGAGGAGGAUGAGCUGAAUGCUGCUGAUGAAGUGGGUAAUGAUGAAGAUGGUGUAGAUGGUGAUGAGGUGAUAGAUGAGAAUGCUGAAAAGGACAAUGGUAAUGAAAAGGAAGAAGAAAAGGAAGCAACUGUUGCUGAUGAUGAAAAUACUGGUGAUGCCAGUGGUGACUUGAAAGAAAACUAUGACAACACAGUGGAUGAAGAAACUAAAGAAGAAAAUGCAGAAGAAACAGGUGAUGAAAAGAAAGAUAAUGCCAUUGAUGAAAUAGCAACAGAAGAAGAAAAAAAUGAAGAUGUGGAAGAUAAAGAAAAUAUAGACACAGUAGAUGAGAACAUUUCGAGCGACUUAGAUUUAAUCAAUGUGCCAGUAAUAUUUGUAUUAGGUGGGCCUGGAAGUGGUAAAGGCACACAAUGUGCAAAUAUUGUCAAGAAGUAUGGUUUCACUCAUUUAUCUUCUGGAGAUUUAUUGAGAGAUGAAGUAGCCUCUGGCUCAGAAAGAGGCAAACAGCUCACAGAAAUAAUGGAGAAAGGAGAUCUUGUUCCAUUGGAUAUUGUAUUAGCGCUAAUGAAAGAUGCCAUGAAAGUUUAUGCUGGAGUCAGUAAAGGAUUUUUGAUUGAUGGCUACCCCAGAGAAAAAGAACAAGGCAUUCGCUUUGAACAAGAAGUAGCUUCUGCCAAGUUUGUUUUAUGCUUCAAUGUGUCAGAUGAAACUAUGACCAAGCGUCUAAAAGAUCGUGCGCAGUACAGUGGUCGUGUUGAUGACAAUGAUGAGACCAUCAAGAAAAGACUGAAAACCUUCCAUGAUGUCACACAGCCAGUAAUUGACCUCUACAACAGCAAUGGCAAGCUCAAAAUGAUCGAUGCUGAAGGCACAACAGAUGAAGUAUUUGAAAUGGUAGACAAAGUUUUUGAAGAAGAAAAGAUUCCUCCUUCUAAAGAUUGCUUUGGAAAAGUUGUUUUUGUUGUUGGUGGACCUGGUAGUGGUAAAGGCACCCAGUGUGAUCUCAUUGUCCAGAAGUAUGGCUACACCCAUUUGUCUUCUGGUGACUUACUGAGAGCAGAAGUCCAGUCAGGUUCUGAAAGGGGGAAACAGUUGACAGAAAUCAUGCAAAAAGGAGAACUGGUAUCACUGGAUACUGUUCUUCAACUGCUGAAAGAAGCAAUGCUUAAGAAAGUUGUGUCCAGUAAAGGCUUUCUUAUAGAUGGAUAUCCAAGAGAACUAGAACAAGGUGUUAGAUUUGAACAAGAGAUCUGUGCACCACAAUUUGUCUUAUACUUUGAUGUUUCUGAUGAGACUAUGACCAAAAGAUUGUUGGGUAGAGCAGAAACAAGUGGUAGAGCAGAUGACAAUGCAGAGACAAUCAAACAGAGGCUGGUAACGUUCCACGAUGUUACCACCCCAGUAAUUGAUUACUACACAAAGCAGCAAAAAGUUGUACAAGUCAGUGCUGAAAAAGGCAAGGAUGAAGUGUUUGUAGAAGUACAGAAAGUGUUUGAUGAGGUUGAAGCCAAUGAAGCAGCUUUGAAAAGUUCAAAGGUUAUAUUUGUUAUAGGUGGCCCUGGAAGUGGAAAGGGAACACAGUGUGCAAAUAUUGUCAAGGAUUAUGGCUUCUGUCACUUGUCUUCUGGUGACCUCUUGAGAGAUGAGGUCAAAUCUGGGUCAGAGCGUGGCAAAAGACUAAAUGCAAUUAUGGAAAAAGGAGAUCUUGUACCACUGGAAGAAGUGCUACAAUUGAUGAAAAAUGCCAUGGUCUCCAAUCUGACUAAGACCAACUGUUUCCUGGUGGAUGGAUAUCCCCGAGAAUUAGAACAGGGAUUAAAAUUUGAGAAGGAGGUUGCACCAUGCACCAAUGUUUUGUACUUUGAUGUCUCAGAUGAAACUAUGACUUCUCGUCUGCUGGAGCGUGGCAAGAGCAGUGGUAGGGUGGAUGAUAAUGAAGUCACAAUCAAAAAGCGGCUUCAGACCUUCCAUAAUCAAACUAAACCUGUAAUUGACUAUUAUAAAAGAUUUGGCAAAGUAUGCCAGAUUUCAGCUGAAAGUGGAAUUGAUGAAGUCUAUGUGGAAGUUAAAAAAUUUAUGGAGACCAAGCAAUGGUAACUUAAACUGAUAUCAAGGUUUCUGAUAUUCUGUGUACCUUUGGAAAUUGAGAACUAUCCAUCAAAACUUUGCUCAUACAUGUCCAUAAUUAAAAGAACAAUUUUAAAAAGUAAUGACAGAGUAAAUGUUUCAUUUGUGUUUUAGCAAUAUUGAAUCUAUUUUAUCCACUUACACUUGUUGCUUUGUCUAUUGAUGAGCAUAUCUAUACAUUUUUUAGGUCUAUACCCUUUUUAAUUGACCUCUUUGUAUUAGUUGCAAUCAAGAUGCAAAUAAUGUUUGUUUUUUUUUUAAAUAAUAUAAAAAAAACAUUAAUAAACUGUAAAAAUAAGUAUCUUGUACAAAGAUUGUAGGCUACAAUGCAAUUAAAUGUGUUGUUUCUUGUUUUCAGUAUUCAUCUGAUACUGAAAAAAAAAGUGUUGUUUUUUUUCCAUAUUCUUGCUGCAAUAGAUUUUUUUUUAGAUAUUCCAGGGAAAAUGUGUUAAGCCUUAAAAAAAGCACAUAAAAAAAUCAGCUUUUUUGAAUACUUGAAUAAUAUGAAAUAUUAUUAUAUUGUUGAUACUAUUGUUUUGUAGUGCCAUACUCUCAUGUUAAUAAUUUAAGCCAAAAUAAGGGAAUUUAGCCAAAACAAAAUGUAUGUAUUUAUAACUGUUUAAAAAACUUUUUUAGCUGAUAUUGUUUUCUAUUUAAUAUUUUUUGGCUUCCAGUUCAAUGAUGACUCAUAUUAAAAAAUAAAUAUUGGCUGUGAAUUUUCAUAAAUGUUUACAUUAUUUAAUUUUUUUUUAAAUUACUAUUAUUUAUUUUCUAGGUUAAUGUACAAAUGAUUCAUUACAUUUAUUAUUACAGUUGUUUUUUUUUUAUGUUUGAUGCUCUUGUCAAACUUUUUUUUUUAUCAAGUUAUUAAUUGUACUGUGUUUUGCAAGACCAUGCAUGUCUUUUUAUUUGCCAUCUAUUAUUACAUAUCGAAAAUGAUUUCCCCACUACUGCUUUGUUGAUUCUUAGAAUAAUCUAAUGGUGCUGAUCUAAUACUUACAACAAUGAAUUUACAUCUCUCCUUCACCAAAUAUACAUUUAAGACACUUAACAUAUUUUGUUGACAGAAUUGGUGUGAUCAUUUUAUUCAUUUGUAGAUACAUUAUUUUCUACCCCCUUGAUUUGUGAUAACCUUUUUUUUUAAAAAAAAAAGCCACAUUUUUCUUCUUUCUAUUGCUGUAUUCAGUAAAGUGAAACCAGACUAAUAA